AUCGCAUCCUCGUACAACUGUCAACGGAUUGCAUUUGUUUACAAACACACUUGGAUCACCGUUCAAAUGUCGCCAAACUUUCCUGCAUCUCGUACUGUUGCGUGCUGAAAUUAAGAUUUUCGCCGCCAUUCCUGUAUGCUUCCCGCGCCAUUACCCACAACAACCAUGGCAAACAAAUCUUGCGUGACGUGGACAAACUUUACAGAGCAUAUGGUGCACGUAUACGAAGAAAUGCUCGCCACACAUCGGUACACCGAUUGCCGAUUGAUCGUGCCCGACGGAGAGCUGCUUGCGAGCCGCACCAUACUCUGCAUGGCUUCACGAUUCUUCGAAACCAUUUUCGCCCGCACAGUAUAUAUGGUGGGUUCAGCGGCAGACGUUCCCACGGUACUAAUUCCAGACGUGAAGCUGUCGUCUUUACGGUGCGUCCUACAGUUCAUCUACACCGGGGAAGUUAAUUUACUGCCCUACGAUGUAGCACCGUUCGUGGAGGCUUGUAGUUUGCUGCAGAUCCGUGGUGUACAGUACGCCGAAGAUCGUGUCGUGGGGAUUAAUUUCGGAACAUCUGCCUAUUGCUUAGUACGGGAAGGGUCGACCGCUAACAGUGACGGGUUGGAAGCAGCAGCAAAUCUUCCACAAGAUUGCACACAAGAGAACGUGCAGCAACAAUGCACUGCGGUUGUGGCAAUGGGCACCCCCAAUGAUAGUUCUUCUAUUGAAUACGCGGCUGAAUACGAAGCUAACAAUGAACCGGAACCGGAACACGCACAAUACGGACCACCGGACGGGAUUAACUCGCUGGAAAACGUCUCCGAUUGCAAUUCAACCCCGAACGAACGAUUGGACGAUGUGAAGCCACGGUCAGCCGAAAAGUCCGACCAGGCCAGCUACGAAACUCGUCUCAGUGCGGCAAUCGACGCAGUCCUAAAUCAAGGUGUUAGCUAUCGUCUCGCAUCCGAACGGUACAACAUCGCAAAGACCGUGCUGUGGCGAAGAACGAUGAAAAUGCCACGACCGGUCAGAUCGAGCUCACCGAAACUUGGCAACCAGCGAAAGGAGGCGAUCGAUGCGCUGAAAGCGGGCGAAAAGUUAGUCUACGUAAGUCAACGGUACGAGAUUCCACUGUCGACGCUGCACCGGGACAAGAUACGGCUCUACAACAAGGGUACGUUGCCGGGCAUGGUGACGCUGGCACAGCGUGACAAGGGUGAAUCGUUUCGGCAACGGUUGACGGAAUCGGUGAACGAAUGCGUAGCGGGCCGUAUGUCGCUGUCCGAAGCGGCACGCGUUUACAAACUACCGAAGACGACCAUAUGGCGAAGGGUGCGCAUGGCGCAGGCGAAAAACAGCUGUUCGGAGGCGAAGGAAGUUGAGCGAACCCUGGAGGCGACGGAACAUUGCGCUGAAAGCUCCGCAGAAGAAAACGCUGACCACACCAUGGAUGUCCGGCAGUGUGAACCGUUGCGGGUAGGAGAAGAAUUCUUGUCUGACCCGAAUUUGGAUAUUUCAGGCACAGACUUAACGGAUGAUUCAAUUAUGCUCUUCAAGGCAUAAUACAGGCUUACAAGGCAACGUUUUCAACGGCAGUGAAUUGAUUGAAUGUCCGCUGAAAUUAAAACCUUUCACGCCUUCAUACAGCA